AUGUCAACUGCACCAUCUCCCCCACAAGACCCUGAGCCUGAUCCUAAGCCAGAUCUUGCUCCUUUUGAUCAGCCUGAUGUUGCACCUGCCGAUCCUGAGCCGAUAUCUGACCAUGACCCUAUUCCUUUUGCUUUACCAGACAUUGCACCUCUUAUUCCCGACCCAGUUUCUGCACCUGUUGACCCUCCUUUUGUUAAGCCAUUUAUUCUUCCACCCGCACCCGCUGAUGUUGCUCCUCUCCCUCCUGUAGAGUCCGAUGACAUCCCUGCACCCCAUCCAGGGGAAGGUACUUUAGGUCAGCACCCGCGUGACGAUCCUUUUGCUUCAGCAGCUUUUCCCCAGAUCCCUCAUGCUGCACCAUUUGCUCCCUUCACUUCUUCACCGCUUGACGAGCCAUUCCGAUGGUUCCCAACAUACUCUAUGCCGAUUUCAGACCCCCAUCAUCCCUCUCAUUUUGUUGGUUAUACGCGGGAUGAGUUACUUUUAUCACUUCAACUUCAGUUUGAGAUUAUGAGUCGCAGAGUUUUGGAGCUUGAGUUGACUCCACGUCCCCUACCGUGCCCUUGUCAGCCUGCUUUUGUUCCCCCACAUUCAUCACCGUCUCCUUUUGCACAUCCACCUACUCCUCUUACUCCUUUUCCAGGUUUUGAUGCUCGUCUCCAUACUAUCGAGCAACAGAUCAGUUACUUGCUUCGCCGUGUGCACGAGCUUGAGGGGGAGCUCACACGUGUUCUCAGCUGUACCUACAAACAGUUUUUGGACUGCAAGCCUUUGAACUUCGACGGCACUGGAGGUGCCGUAGCUUUUGUGUGA